CACAAAUCUCAGCAUUUUGAUUAUUCAAAUGGAGUAGCCAUGAUGGUUGGGGCAGAGAAGCCGGGCACUGGAGGAGAACUUCUCCUGGGGCAGAGCUCAAGACCCAAGUAUUCACUUUUUCCAAAGGGAGAGGGCAGUGAUGCUCCGGCAUGGGUUGCUUUUGACAAACAGGUCCUGUGUUUUGAUGCUUAUUUCCAAGAAACUGUACCUCAGAGGAGGGAAGAAAAAUAUAGAGUGCGAACGUGCAAGAUUUACUUCUAUCUGGAGGAUGACACCAUACAAGUAGUGGAGCCAGAGCUCAAAAACAGUGGAAUCCCACAGGACUGUGACCCCUUCACACGCAACGUCUUGAUGAAAAUGGGGGUGCGCCUAAACCCCCCUUCUUCCAUGCCAGCAGAUCCCUAUACCAACCAUCGACAAGAGAUGGAGGAGAACAUGAAGCCGCUGCGUCCAUAUGAAAUAAUUGAUACCCUGAAGCAGUUUUUGGAACAUGACCGCAAAGUCCUGCGCUUCUCCUGCUACUGGGAUGAUACUGAGAGCAUGUUUGGAGAUCCCAGAGAGCUGAUCUUGCAUUACUUCCUGGCAGAUGACACAAUGGAAAUUUACGAAUUUGUCCUUCCAAACUCUGGUCGAGACACUGUCCCUAAAUUUCUGCACAGGGUCAAGCUUCCCAAGCACGCUCCUAUUCCCAAAUAUCAGCCUGGAGAAAUAACAGACCGCACAGUCCUCAAUGUAUUUGGACCAGUCGGACAAGGAGGUCGCUACAUUUUGGAUAGCCUCAAAACUGGAGCAGUAGAAGAAGAAUUCUAUAAAGACUGUGACCUGACCAUUGGAGGCGUCAUUAAUGUGUGGGGUCGAAGGUUGAUAAUAUGUGACUGCGACAACUUCACUAAAGAGUAUUAUCGUUCUAAAUAUGGUAUUGAGGACUUCACACCUGUCUCAUACAAGGCCUCACCCCCUUCUAAAACAGCCAGACAGGUGCCACCCUACACUGGAUUUGGAUCUGAGGAAGAUUCGCUGUGCUCCUGUCAGGGUUUGCUGCUUAAACCUCCACAGAAGGACUUCAGAAAGCUUAUGGAAAAAGACGGGCAAGGUCUGGUGAGCAAUGUGUUGAGAUUUGUGGCGAAAAUGCUGACAGACAGUUCUAUCGACAAGGAACGUGUUUUUAUCAUAUACGUCUACCUCAGUGACGACACCAUAGCAGUCUUUGAACCUCCUCAGAGAAACUCAGGUGUGAUUGGGGGUACGUUUUUAAAGAGAGGUCGAGUGAAGAAGCCAGGACAGGAGCUGUAUAAGAGUGAGGUGUCCGAGUAUUUCACAGCUCAGGAUUUGUAUGUGGGAGCUCGGCUGGAUCUGAACAAUCAGCCCUUCCAGCUGCUGGAUGCUGAUGAAUUUACAUUCGACUACAUGGAGCAGCAUGCAGAUGAGUUCCCUAAGGCCAAUAUUGACACCAUUAUUAGCAAAGUAAAAUCCAUCAGUGAGGAAGAGAAGAAGAAAGUAAAACAGUUCUUCACCAUGAGUGGCCCAAGCAGCACUGGCUUCAUUCCAUAUGAGUCAUUCAGGACUCUGUUGGCAGAAAUGGACAUUCAUUUGUCUGAACACGAGAUCAUAACGCUGGGUCGCACUUACUCAGUGCGGGAACAGUCAGAGGUGGACUUGGACCUCAUGCUUGCCGUGGUUCAAGAUCAGCUAAAGAAGAAAAACUUUGAGAAGUUCACAGAAAUGAUUCGAGCUUUCACACAUGAGGACCGGCACAGAUCUGGACACCUCUCUUCUAAAGAGGCACAGAUCAUCUUGAAGGCCCUCCGACUGCCGCUGUCUGAUGACCUACUACGAGCCCUCCUCGAAAAGUUUCAAGACGAGUCUGAGAAGAUUGACUAUCAUGCCUUCCUAUCCGGUAUCAACUGGAGAGAAAACCCGGCCCCUGCUGUGCCUCCAGAUGUCACCGUGAAGUUUGACACAGACUGGAGAGAAAAAGCUGCAGACCCUGCAGUUAAAACCAUCAACUGCUCGCUCUUUCUGGAGGAUGUCUUUGGCAGCACCACAAACAUUAAUGAGAGCUGAGAACGGCCUGAUGGGAUCCUCAAUAACAUGUGAAAAGUCAAGAAAU